UAUCGACAACGGACUCGAAGGUUGUCUGCAAGGAACGGACUUCAACAAUCAGCCGCGCAGAGAAGACUCAAUGUGAAGUUUUAUCACUUCACACUGCUCGGUAGGUCUGAUCAUUAUACGAGCAUACGAGUAGAAACGACAACCAACUCUCAAGAUGAUCUCCUGGUUGAGUCCAAGCGUCUUUUUCCUUUUUAUUUCAUCGGUGAAUAUCGUUCCGAAUCUCGGCUCGCUUCCACCGGAGGCUGAAGUCAGUUAUUCUAAAUCCGAUGACUUUAUCAUCGGGGGUUUGUUUUCGAUGCAUUUCUCUCUCAGUGAUUUAUGCGACUAUGGAUUGUUAAAAACCGCCGUACAUCGAUCAGAACUCAUGAUAUUUGCUAUUGAACAAAUCAAUAAUCGCACCGAUAUACUGCCAAAUGUCACUUUAGGUUUUGAUAUUCGCGAUUAUUGUGGGCUCGAGUCGAUUGUGGCGUCCGUAGCUCUUUCCCUGGCCGGUAUAAUUGGGACAGAUGACGGUAUACCCGAAACUCCGCGACACGGUCAACUCCUCGGAAUAAUUGGCACCGGAGGUAGCGCAACAAGCGUGGCUACGGCACUCGUUACGACUGUAUAUAAAAUCCCAACCAUUGGAUACAGUGGAUCCACCAUCGAACUAAGCGACCAUGAUAGAUUCCCAUACUUUCUGCGAACCAGUCCGCCUGCAAAUCUACAGGCCAGAGCGAUUGUUGAUAUCCUCAUACGAUUCAACUGGGUUUACGUUGGACUCAUAUACUCACUUGACAGCUAUGGCAUUCAUGGAGCCCAAGAGAUCCAGAAUUUAGCUGAAGAGAAUGAGAUCUGUCUGGCGUAUGCAGAGACAAUUCGCGAAUCAGCAACCGAAAACGAAGUUCAAGAAAUCGUAAAUAAGAUUCUGAGAUUCAACCGAGCAUCUGUGAUUGUCUUCUUCUGCUCUUCCAUUGGCGGGGCAAGGGGAAUUCUACCAGCUUUGAUUCGCACUGCACCCAGUCACCCUGGAAUCACUAUAAUAUCCAGUGACAGCUUUGCAUCAUCUGCAUCUCUGGUUGAAUGGGGAGUAGCACAUCUUACUGAGGGGAGUUUCUUGAUCAAGAAUUACUACAAGGAUGUGCCUGGGUUUCAAGACUACUAUCGGCUGGCCAACUUCGGUGACACUGAUCCUCUAAAUCCAUGGGUUAAUGCGGUUCUAACACAAUGCAGACAAGACAACACAUGUUCGAAAGUGACUAGGGGGGGUCACCACGUUGCGGAUGCUGUUUAUGCCUUUGCCACUGCCCUUGAUGAAAUUCUGCAGGAAGAUUGUGAGGGAGAUGUUGACUGUCUCUUGAACGGUACCGUCACUGGGGAAAAUGUCAUCUCGCAUCUUAGAGAUAUCAAAUUUGAAGGGGUAGAUGGUUUGUUUGAGUUUGAUGACAAUGGAGAUCCUGUUGGGAAAUACAAAGUACUGAGUAUGCAACAAGACAUGGACAGUUCAUAUAACGGUGUUGAGCUUGGUGUUUGGGAUUCACGAGGUACGGUGGGAGACCGUUUAGAUAUCCAGGUAGACGGAUUGAGAUGGUCUUACGGAGCUGAGAAACUACCAAGGUCCAUCUGUCGGGAUGAAUGCCGUCCGGGGUAUAAAACAGUCCCUCUCGAAGAGAAAUGUUGCUACGGCUGUCAAAGAUGUCCCCAAAAUGCCAUCGUGACUAACAGCACAGAGUGCGUGGAGUGUGAUCAGUUUCACUGGCCAACUUUGAACUUUACAACGUGUACAAUGAUGAUUCCAUCCCAUAUUGACUUGCAGAAUGGUAUAACUAUUAUUGUGCUCGUUUUGUCUUCUUUCGGGAUCAUUCUCUCAUUCAUUGCUGCUUCAGGCAUACUCUACUAUCGUCAACAUCCUCUGAUCAAGGCAACAAGUCGGGAGCUAAGCUGCGUCAACAUAAUGGGUCUCUUUGUAGCAUUCCUGUCUGUGUUCUCGAUUCUGAGCUAUCCUAGCAGUGUAUCAUGUUUCAUAUCUGAUGCAUCUAUCGCUCUGUCUUUAACUCUGACGUACGCUCCGACCUUCCUCAAAGUAAACCGUAUCUACAGGAUCUUCACAUCAGCCAAGAAAUCUACCAGAAGACCAAAGUAUGUCGGGCAACGUGCACAGCUCAGUAUCGUGUCUAUCUUGACUCUUGUUCAACUGUUAAUCAGCAUCGUGUCUGUCAUCGUGGCACCAACUUUACCAAAACUGUACCAACCCUCUAAGUUCGAUAACUACUUGGAGAUAUUCUGCAACUUCGGGAACGGUUUCAUUGCCUCGUGCGUGUACAACCUGCUCCUGAUCUUGGCUUGUUGCUUAUAUGCCUUCAAGACCCGCAAGGUACCCAGUAACUACAAUGAGUCCAAGUUCAUUGCCGUCAGCGUCUACUCCACGCUGGUAUUGUGCUUGGCCGCUGUACCCGUCUACACUACGGCAGUUGCAGUCAUACAGAAGGUGGCGACGCUGUGUAUGGCGCUGAUUCUUAACGCUUACCUGACGUUGGUCUGCGUCUACUUGCCCAAGCUCUACGCUGUACGUUUCGUAGAUGAUUUAGAGAUAUCUACAGGUUGGCGAGGCGCAACGGGAGCUAGUGCAGCUACGGGUGAUGCUGCAGGCCCGAGAGCGGCGUCGGUUACUCAACCUCACCAUUCAAGCAGGGUCCACCCCUUCCCUUUGGCAGCAAGUUUUCCUGAUACUAUGGAGUCAGAAGUCUCCGGCAACUUGUAAAUAAGUCACAACAUUGGAUAAACUUCAAGCACAUUAAUUAUUGUUUUACUUCAAGAUCAAGAGUAAACUUAUUAUUCGCAAUUUAUUGGACAAAGUUGAAUGGUACUUUUGUUUAGCGUGAUUUUAAUAUUAUCUGCACCGUGCAAGAAACAUUCAAAUGCUGCUUACUGAAAUGGUGUCUGUUUCAUGCACAAUAGAGAGAAGCCUUCGUGUGACGUCAACAAUUUUAAAGUUGCUAUGUCAGAUUCUUGGCCCCAAACAUUAAAAAAAUAGA